AUGUGUAUCCAUCGGCCGACACGUCUCCACUCCACUCUGUCCAAAUAUUGCAUGCAUCUGACUCACGUGAACAGGGUUUCGUCUAGCAUUGGCCCAGACUCCGACGAACUCAUAUCAGUCGAGCAUCGUUGGGCCGGUUCUUUUAUGGUCUUGACGAGGUGGUGGUCAACAACAUUCGAGAAUUGGGCGGCGCCUGCAAGCCGACAAGGCGAUAGAGAAAUUCCAACUCAAGCAACAAAUAUUGCAUUCGGACUAGUUGCC